ACGUAGAGGGGCGGUCCUUGAGUUUCACGGAGAUCUUGGGAAGGCGAAAUGGAGGGGUGUGUGUCUAAUGUAAUGGUCUGCAACCUGGCCUACAGCGGGAAACUGGAUGAGUUGAAGAAGAGCAUUUUGGCUGACAAAUAUCUGGCUACUAGAACCGAUCAGGACAGCAGAACAGCAUUGCACUGGGCAUGCUCAGCUGGUCAUACAGAAAUUGUUGAAUUCUUGCUGCAACUUGGAGUGCCAGUGAAUGAUAAAGAUGACGCAGGUUGGUCUCCUCUUCAUAUUGCUGCGUCUGCUGGCCGGGAUGAGAUUGUAAAAGCCCUUCUGGUAAAAGGUGCACAAGUGAAUGCAGUCAAUCAAAAUGGCUGCACUCCCCUCCAUUAUGCAGCUUCAAAAAAUAGGCAUGAGAUUGCUGUCAUGUUACUAGAAGGCGGGGCUGAUCCAGAUGCUAAGGACCUUUAUGACGCUACAGCAAUGCACCGGGCAGCAGCCAAGGGUAACUUGAAGAUGGUUCAUAUCCUUCUUUACUACAAAGCAUCCACAAACAUCCAAGACACUGCGGGUAACACUCCUCUACACUUAGCGUGUGAUGAGGAGAGAGUGGAAGAAGCAAAAUUGCUGGUGACCAAUGGAGCAAGUAUUUACAUUGAGAAUAAAGAAGAAAAGACACCCCUGCAAGUGGCCAAAGGAGGCCUGGGUUUAAUACUCAAGAGAAUGGUAGAAAGUUAAGCAGCUUGUAUUUAGUCUUUGUAUGUUUUUUUUUUCCUCACUGUCCUGGAAACUAUUAUACUGUACACAAAGCAUCUUGUGUGAAUGAAAACAUUUUCUAACCUUCACAAUCAGACACCAUGUUUUAUUGCUCCUGCUGCAGUACCUAUUCUAAGCUUACAACCCACUUUCCAGGUAUUGAAAAACUGUUGAGAUUGUUCUGCUGAUGCUAUUCUUGUUCUCCAUUAAAUCUUGAUAUUGUGGAGUCAGUGGUCAUGAGUUUUGAGCAUCCUCCCAUGCACCUGCUGUCCAGCUAUGUAAUCGGACACAUCCAGAAACUGCCAGCUGAUUGUAUCAGGUGGUAGUUCUGUGCUUUCCUCUUUGUAGUGAAAACACAUAACACAUCCUGGCUUAUUUUUCAAGUUCACUAAGAGACCUAUGCCAAAUAUUUCUCGUUUCAGCUAUGAGGUUAAUUUUUUACAGGAGGAAGUUCUAUAUUUUAGUGGACCAAAUUUUAAGUUGAAUUGUAUGUUCCUAAAGUAAUAAAGAACAAAAGCUUGUGUACCCAUGUACCUUUUUGACUAGCCAUCCUCCAAAACAAGACGUUUUUUAAAAAAAGAUAUUAAACGUAUCUACGUUGACUCACCUUGUUUUGAAAAGAAUUGCCAAGCUUACUAAAGUGACAUAUAACAAAAAUAUAUUUUGAUUUGUAUUUCAAGUACUACAAACUUGUAUUUGAAGUAUUACAAAAAAAUAAACUAUUGAAAGAA